GUGAUUCAAUGAAAAAAGUUAAAAUGGGAUAAAUAGUUAGAGAAUGUUAGACUAAUUUUUCAUUCCAACCAAACAAAAGUUACUCCGUGAAACGGAGAUCGGACGCCGUUCAAAGAUUCAGUCCGAUUUUCUCUCCUUAGCCGUCUCAUCCAGCACCGCACGGUGCGCCACUGCCACCAUUGACGGCCGUCGCCGGAAACCCAGUGCUCAACAUUGGCUGGGAUUCAAGUUUUGCCUGCCCCGCGAGAAAAUCAAAUGGAAAAAGAAGCAAAGAAAGAAGCUUUUAGAAAGUAUCUGGAGACGAGCGGAGCUCUUGAUAGUUUGACAAAAGUUCUUGUUGCACUGUAUGAGCAGAAUGACAAGCCGUCUUCUGCAAUCGAUUUCAUCCAGCAAAAGCUGGGUGGGCCAACGCUGUCGGAUUAUGAGCAAAUACAAGCUGAACUCUUGGAUUUGCAGAUCAAGUAUAAUGAACUUCUAGCAGCACACCAGGAAAAAUGCAAAGAGUUGGAAGAACUGAAAAAGUCUCAUGCCGAAGAAGCUGCCAAGGAGGAGGCAGAUGAUUGUCACGAUGCGGAAAUGUCUACUUCGGGUGUAUAAACAUCUUCUUGUGGUAAAGAAGUGUCUGAAGAAGAAGAAGAAGAAACUUUUGUGCCUUGAAGAAGUGUUAUUUCUCAUUUCUGCAAUCAUGUUUGGCUUUGUGUAUCUUUGGUUUGUGUUUGCAGAACACACGUGCAAGUUUACAGAUUUUGUGUGUGGUAUUGUGAGACCAUGAUACCGAAAAAUGUGUUGUUCAAGGUUCCACGUUAAGUUAUAUUUAUAAUUUAGUGGAAAAACUAAUUUUUUGAGAAGAGUUAUGCUCCCCCGUUCUAAAAAGAACCUCACUGCUUGAUUUAUUUUAUCAACACUUUGACAACAAAUUAAAUAAAGUUUUAAAUAAUUA